UUGGCGUUGUCGUUUUGUUGUUCCCGUCCCCGACGGCCCGUGUACCGCUCUCCUCGGUGGCCUGCCAUCGCGCCCACUCUCUACCUCUACCGUGACGUCGUCUGCCUCCAUCAUCCUCGCACCUGUCGCCCGUCGCCAUGUCGGUCGCGCCGAUCUUCGCGGUCGACGGCGCCGCCCCCGCACCACUGCUCCCGCUCACGUCCGCGAUCCAAUGCGCCUUUGCAAAAGGCGUCGCACCGCUUGCGAUUGAGGACUGCAGCGGUGGCGCGUAUUUUCUCCGGUCGGCGUCGCACCGCCUCGAGGCCAUUUUCAAGCCCAGCGACGAAGAGCCAUUUGCGCCCCACACCCCAAAGCCCCCGACAUCGCCGGAAGAGACAGGUCCGAUGCGCGCUGGUAUCCCCUUGGGCGAAAUGGCGCUGCGUGAGUGCAUGGCCUACCUUGUUGACGACGAACGGCUGGCGCGCGUGCCGCCGACGGCCCUCGCGACCGGUCGCCACAAGGCGUUCCACUCGCGCACCCUCAAGCGCGGGUCGGUCCAGCUCUAUGUGCCCCACGACUGCGCGUCCGAAGACCUCGGGCCCGCGCAGUUUCCCAUCACGGACGUCCACGCGAUCGCUCUCCUCGACCUUCGCCUCGUCAACCAGGACCGGCACCCGGGCAACAUCCUCGUGCAACGGACGGCCGGUAACCGCCUCAUCCCGAUCGACCACGGCUGCGUUCUGCCCGAGUACGACGCGAUGGGCGAGACGCAGCUCACGUGGCUGCACUGGCCACAAGCGCGGCAGCCGCUAUCCGCGACCACCAAGGCGUACGUUGCCCGCCUUAACGCCACGACCCAGCUGCAAUCGUGGCGCCGGCAGUACCCGAACGAGGUUUUUCCGACCAAAGCCGCGGUGACGCUGCACCUCGGCACCGCGUUUGUCCAGCUUUGCGUUGCGCGCGGCUUGAACGUGUACGAGAUGGGGCGGUUGCAGGUGCGGGACGAACUCGACGUGCCGUCCACCUUUGAGUGCGUCGUGGAAGCGGCCGUGCACGACCUCGGGCGGCGCGCGCCACCGACGCACGUCAGUGAGCUCCUCGGUUGCUUCCAGCGCCGCCUCGAGACAGCGCUGCGCAUGGAGUUUCCGGCGUAUUUUUUGAAGGCGCCACGCUUCCUGCCCCUCCCGUCGCCAAAGAACCGGGAAAAGGUCCGCAAAUCACCCGUGAAAGUGCUCCUGUCGUCGGCGGCCUAGUCGUAGCAUGUUCGGUUGCCAGCCUAGCAACCGGUUGUAACCACAUUCUGUGCUUGGCUAACCGGUUGCAUUGAGUCAUCGCGCUCCCAUGGCUGCCCUUGGCGAUGUG